AUGCAUAGAUAUAUCAUUCUUUAGAGCUAAUGUAUUAAUUUCAACAAAAGAUCGUUGUCAAAAUAUUAUUAUCAACGAAAUUCGUUUUUUGGAUAUUUUUGCAAAGGCUUUGCCACAGAUUAAAUGAGAAUACAGAAAAUUUGUAUAUAAAAUUAUAAGGAUACUAAAUUUACAGAAGUCAGAAUUCUACUUAAUUCAAUGAUUUUUCCAAAUUAGGUAUUCUUGAAUAAUGUAUCGAUUUACAUCUAAUUUUCCAAAUUAAAGAAUUAGCAAUACAAAUUAGCGAAUUCAAACUGUUAUUCCCAUUUAAAAACUGCUUACACUAUUCCAUACUUUAUCUAAAGGGUUAAGUUGGGGUGUAUGGUAGUAAAAAUAAAAAAUGAUACUGCAUUCAAUAAUUUUUAGAUUCUUUUUCUCAUAUGCUCUGGGCUGUUAUCAAGUAUUAUUAUGAAUUUAUUGUCUGAAUAUUGA